AUGACGUUGACGGACGUUUCUCACAUGUUUGUGGGACGCUUUCGACCUCUCUUUUCCCGUCUCCUUCAAGCUAUCACCCGCUUGAGAUCGUGCAUCCCCCUCCAGUUCAGUAUUUCCCAUGUCCUGCCGCCCUGCCUCCGCCACCAGAAACGUGAAGCCAAGCGGAGGGCCCUGCUCAUCGGCAUCAGCAAGAUUGUCGAGACCAGUGAUUCUGUCGCUGGCUCGUCAGAGCCGCCAGAGACCGAGGAUGGGCUGAAGGGUCCUCACAAGGAAGCCGAAUCCAUGGGUGCUCUCCUACGUGACCAAUACGGCUAUCCUGAACGUCAUAUCAAGUAUCUUUUAGACCGCCCAGGGUAUGACUACCCGACUCGCGAGAACAUCCUCAGGGAGAUGAAAGCCCUCGUGAAGGGCGCGAAGGCAGGGGAUCGUUUCUUUAUCCACUUUUCAGGACACUCCGACCAAGAGGAGACAACAGAUCCCGAGGAAGACGACGGCAUGAAUGAGUAUAUCCUUACUUGCCUAAGCGGUGAGAAGAUAAUGGACGAUGAGCUAAAGAGUUGCCUCGUCAAGUCGCUUCCUCCAGGAUCGCGCUUAACAGCUAUCUUCGACUCUUGUCACUCUGGCACAUUACUGGAUCUUCCCCACUACAGGUGCAAUCGCGUCCACCUACCGUUCGAGAACAAAGGUGUACGAAGGACGAAACCACUCUGGAGGAACAUCGUUCGACAGCAGGCUAUGUUGCCUCAAAGUGUGGAAAGGACCUCUCGGCACGUCCCGAUUCCUAGGAGACGAGCGUCCAAGUCCAUGAGCCGUGUGCCUCUCUCGGACGCUGAACGAUCGUUGUACCGAGUAUCCGACAGCGGUGGUCGACAGAUUCUUUCCAUCAACACGAACAUCGAAAGAAGCAUAUCGAGCGCACUUUGCGAGGACUCUCGCUGGUGUGUGUCCCCGGAUGAUAACCACGAGUACUGCGACGGAUUUGGGUGUGCCGAAGGAGCCAAGGACGACGGACCAGGGCCCGAUGUGAUCUGCAUUUCCUCUUCUGGAGAUGGUCAAGAGACCUGGGAGGAUGCAGACGGUUCCUCUGUUACGGCAGAAUUGAUCGCGAUUUUCAUGGAGAACCCACGGCCAUUACUCUCCCAAGUGAUGUCCACAAUCUCGAUCCGAAGACACGAAGCGUUUCGCUCGCUACAUAACCACGCAGUAAAGUUCCGCGAGAAGAGGCGCUUUCGCAGAUUCAAGAAGAAGCAGAGGUCUCAUUCAUCGGAUUUCAACCCCGAGAUGAUUAAUUUCCAGAUACCCCAGCUGUCAAGCUUGAAGCGGCUGCCAUGGGACCAGCAGUGGGAUCCCUAG